AUGCGUUCCGUCCUCGUUCUUGCUUUGCUGGCUGUAGCCGCGCACAGCGCCGUUCUCCAACAGCCUCAAGCUGUUGUCGUGGAGGCCGAUGACCACGAAUGGGACAUGGCCAAGGCUGAGAUUCAGGUGAGAUUUUGGCCGAGUUUUGAGGCGGUAUCGGUUACUGUAGGCUACAGUAGGCCAUUCGGCAGAUAUUGAAUUUUCCGGGUGCUAUUAGUCUGUCGGGAAAAUAAUAAGCACAAUGUCGUUACGCCAGUCUUGUCGCUAAAAUGAAAGAAGUUGAUUUUGCCGCGACAAAAUUCAUUUUCUCGACAUCGAUGUGAUUUUCGCUGUCAAGGAGUGCUCAUUAUUUUCCCGCCAGACUGAUAAACGGAUGUUAUCAAAUUUAGGCUAAUUGUCAUCAAAAUUCAAGGGUAUGAUUUGGGCCUAUAGCUCAAUAUUUUUUAUUUUUUCAAUUGCUGCUUUUUGAGAGGGCGACAAGAGGGUCCAUUAUUUUCCCGACAGACUGCAAGAUCCCCGUAAAUUCAUGUUUUAUUGCGGCCCUAAAAUGUGUGGCAUCCUAAAAAAUGAUAUGUCGCUUAUUUCCACAUAGGUCGCUUAUUAAACCAUAAAAAUCUUAGCGUUCACUCCUCAUCUGCAGUGGUGAUAUUCAGCAAUCUUGUGUGCUAUACAUCUGUCUGUCGGGAAAAUAAUGCGGAUUUGUUGCAAGACGGCUUGCCUUGUCGCUGUCGCGUACCAAAUCUCUAGCCGCGACUAGCCCUCUCAAAGUGAUUCUAGGCGAUUCCAAGGCGCGACAAACCCAUAUUAUUUUCCCGGCAGGCCAAUAUAUAGCUUCUUUAAAACUCCUGGGAGAAGAGUGGUAAUCAACUUUUCUCUCUGAAUUUUUACUGAACCGUCAAAAACUAUAAAAUCACCUAAUUUUUACUCCGAAAUCUUCAGGCCGCCAUUGACAAGCUGAAGGCCGAGCUGUACGCCGAACGUCAGGUGGAGCUGGCCGCUGCCGCCUCUAUCCGCGGCGUCUCCAUGCCCAAGACACUGAAAAGCGAAUACCUCGACGUCGAGGGCAACCGAUUCCUCUGCAAACCCUGCAACUUCUUGUUCUCCACCAUCAAGGAGGAGUUGAUCAAGGAGACCCGGCUUGAGUUGGAGACCAUCCGCCCCAAAGUCAAUGUAAGUUGAAGGGAGAGUUUGUAGGGGAAUCUAGAGACGAUGUAUAGAAAUUUCAAGUGAAAAAAAAGUUUGUAAGCCUCGUCCUUGGCCAACGAGGAAAGUAUAACGUAAUAUGUUUUACCAAAAGCGCGACGCUCAGAUUUUCUUAAACUUUUGCACAUACACUUUUGGCAUAGGUCACAUGUCAAUUCCUAAAAUUCUUAGCUCGCACUUUGCAGGCACAGCCGAGAUAUUCAACAAUUUUUGCGGCCGAGUACGAGAAAAGCGGAGAGUAAAAGAGAAAAUCACUUUUUGGCCGUAUCUUUGCCAGUUUCGCGCGGAAAAAAAUGUUUUUUUUUGUAAACGCUACUCUUUAUGGUAGAAAUAGAAAAGAGACAUUUCAUGCCAAAAUUCGCAAAAAAAUGUCAAUUUUUUGUCAAAUUUUGACCUAAAAAUCUUAGUCGUUUCUGGAAAGCGUGAGCUAUUUUUUCGGCGUAUGUCACCGAAAAAAUUAUUCUAAGUUUGCGCCAAGUUUCAUCAAAUCUGAGCGUCGCACUUGGUGUACUUCCCCUGUAAAGCAUAUUUACUAGCAUUUUCAUAAAGUGCGUAGACUUUGCGCCACCGAGAAAUGUGUGGGUCGAAAAGGCAAUUGUACAGUGCAAAAAUUUUUUACAAUGGAUGCGACGCGCGAAAAAAAGCGAAAAUCCACGGUGCCCGGUCUCCGCACUUUAUGAAAAUGCUAGCAUUUUUUGACACUGAAAAAAUCGGUAUUUUAAAAAAUUAAUUUUUUAAAUAAAAAAAUUAUUUUUAAAAUAAAAAAAUUUUUAAAAUAAAAAAAAAAAUUUUUUUUGCAAAUUGAUUUGUUUUCCUGAAAAAUACAUGAAAACCUCAUAUUUUCCUUUCAGGAAGCCUGUCUGAAAUGGUCCCACAACGUGAGUUUCCUGGACCGAGUCUGCGAGAAGUUGGUGGACCGCGCCAUCGUCGAGCUGGCCAAAUGGCUGAGAGCCGAGGAAAAGAAAAUCGACCCCGAACGCAUCUGUACCUUCUUGCACAUGUGCUAA